GUUAAACGAUAUUCGUAGUCACCCGCUUCUGGAGUAAUGUUUUCUAACUCUCAACAUCUUGCUUGGUUUCCUUAAAUACACAAGAAGACCUGUCGCGUAAAAGGUUCGAGUCAAAUGAAGUGUUCAGAAUACACAACAGAUCACUCAAGUUCAAGAAAAAAAUCAAAAGUCCGUGCCGACGCGCUGACGCAUCAAAUAUUCGACUCUAAACUAUGCCAGGAAGUCCCGAGCUAUACCUGCAGCAGAGAACCAUGAGGCUGAUUGUGGUUCUGGCUGUGACGCUGGCCCUGGCGGCUGCCGCUGAGGACAAGGAGGACCACGACACCGCCCCAUCGUCAGUCAGUGGGGACCAGGAUACAGAGGCCAACAGAUACUAUUCGCAGGGAGCCGGCUUCGGACGUGGUUAUCCUGGCCAGUACGGCGGACGUCGUGGUUACUAUGGCAACGGCCGUGGCAGCCGAGGAUACGGACGCAGUAUGAACGGAUACAACGACUAUGGCUUCGGUAACGGCGCCUACCGCGGCUACGGAAACCGUGGAAUGUACGGCGGCUACGACCGGUCUCCCUACGGCUACGGCAACCGCGGCUACGGCAGCCGUGGCUACGGCGCGUUCGGCAGGCGCGGUGGAGCUUACGGCGGCUACGGCGGCUACGGCGGGCAGUACGGCGGGAUGGGUGCGUUUGGGGGACGUGCUGGGGCGUACGGCGGCGGCUACAGUGGUGGAUACUAUUGAGGUUCCCAUGUCUACAGCACGAAUCACACGAACUACAUCUUGAAAGGCAUUGUUUAAGUCUAUCCUGUUCUACCAUUGGUUAUCUCUUUGUGACAGCGUCAUUGGCUGCACUUGCGUACGAAAGUGCAAACACGACUUAAUGCCAUUGCAUGAUUCGCGUUAGCAUGAUGCAAGUACGUAUGGAAAUACAUUUCUAAUGCACGAA